AUGCUGCAAGGAAGGAUAAAAAAGUUUAAGGUUCCCGUUGAUAACAAUAUUGAUAAUUUUAUAAAAGAUAUAAAUAUAAGAAAGAAUGAAUAUAUAUAUGCAUGUGAUUUGGUAGAUGAUGAUAACAUAAAUUUGAGGAGUGAAAAUGUGAUAAGUUUAUUUGAUUACCUUAAUGAGAGUUAUAGUAAUGUAUUAUUAUUAUUAUGUCAAGAAGGUUUCGAUAGUAUAUUAAAUUAUAUGAAAGUUUGUAAUAAUUUGAGUGAUAUAGAGAAUGAGAAGAUAUUUGGAUGUUUGACUAUAUUAAUUGAAAAAGGUGUCGAUAUAUUUAAGAAUUAUUAUAAAUGUUUAGAGAAGUGUCAUAAGAAAGAUGAAUUUUAUAAUGAUAGCGAAAAAAUGGAGAUAAUAAUAAAUGAAAAUAAUAGUAUUAUGAAUAUAAUAAUAGAAUGUUUAGAAUCUAAUUAUAAAGAAUAUUCAAUAAAUGAAAAGAAAAGGAACUUGACAUAUUUUGAAAUUAAUGAAAUUAUAAUAUCAUUUUUUAAUGCUUUAACCUUUAUUUAUAUAAAUAUAUUUAAUUCAUAUUAUAAUUCUAAUUUUUCAAAACAGAAUAAUAAUAAUAAUAAUAAUAAUAAUAAUAAUGAAAUUAUAAUCAAUGUUCAACGAGGUCGAAAAAAACAGAAAAGAGAUAGUGAUGAAGGGAAUAAUAUACCUUUAAAAAAUAUAAAUAGUUUGUUAAAUAAUAUUAUUUUAUUAGUUAGUAAUAUAAAUUUCGAUUUAUUAUAUGACAAUAUUAAUAUAUCUAUCCUAGACAUAUAUUUACAUUUCUUUUUAAAUAUAUAUACAUUAAAUCAAGAGAAUACAACAAUAUUUAAUAUGAGCACUACGUAUCAUGAGGAAAUAUCGAUUAUUAUAGGGAACUUGUUGAAAUUGUAUAUGAAGAAGGAUACACAUAAGGUUAUUGGAUCUGCUGAGAAGUCUGUUAUUAAAUCGUCUGGUAAUUUUUUGAAUCACAUGGAAUAUAAAAAGGAAACAAGUAGGGUUGUUGAUAAUAAGAAAAAGAAGAAAAGGGGUAAGCAUAUGGAUGACGAGGAGGAAGAUGACGAUGAUGAUAAAGGUGAUAAAGGUGGUAGUGGCAAUAAUAAUAAUAAUAAUAUCGAUAAUGAUAAUUAUAAUGAUAAUAAUAAUGAUAAUUAUAAUGAUAAUUAUAAUGAUAAUUAUGAUGAUAAUUAUGAUGAUAACAAAAUUGGAGAAAAAGAUAAUUCGCAUAGCAAAAAGAGAGAAGACGAGGAGGAUGAGAAUUUUUAUUCUUUUUCUUUUUCCUACAUAUUUUUAAAUGUAUGUAAGAAAUGUACCAGUGUAAAUAUAUGUGAUUGUAUACUAAGGGUAAAGAAUACGGAGAUUCCUAAAGUUAUAAUGAAAGAGUUUAUAGAUCAUAUAAAAGAAAAUUCGAUAAUAUAUUUAAAUUUGAGUGUUCAAACACACAUGCAGAAUGAAAUAUUGAAUAUGUUAAAUUGUUUGGAAUAUUUUUCUAAAAACUUAAGUGUGCAUUUAAUAUUUUAUUUGAAAGAUUUAACGGAUAUGUUAGGUAUAGACAUUUAUUAUAUAAGAAAAUCGAUAUUUGAGAUUUUUAAAAAUUUUAUAAUUUUGUCCAAGGGCAGUGAAGAAAUGAAGGUGAAUCAUAUAAAAGAUUCUGAACUUUCUACGAAUAAUAGGAGGAAGGAGAAAAAUGGUAGGAGGGACAUUAAAAGGUGUACUGGAUAUGAGGAUGAAAAGAAUAAUAUUGGAAAGGGUAAUAAUAGUUAUAACUUUUUAAAUGAUAGUGAUGAUAGUGAUGAUAGUGAUGAUAAUGAUGAUGAUAAUAUUGAUUGUGAUGAUGAUGAUAAUAUCGAUUGUGAUGAUGAUGAUAAUAUCGAUUGUGAUGAUGAUGACAAUAGCGACCUUUUUAGUGAUGACGAUACCGACUUUUUUAGUGAUAGAAAUAUAAAUGAUAAUGUUUGUAAUAAGAGAGGGGAAAAAUCGAAGAAAAAAAAAGAAAAAGAAAUAAAAAAUAAAAUAAAAAAUAAUAAUAAAAGAAGUGAGUGUAAUAAUAAUAAUAAGUAUAAUAUUUCAAAGAAAGAGAAAAAAAAGAAAAAAUAUUUCAAUUUGAAAAGAAACGAAAAUAAAAUUUGUAAUAAUAAAGAAAUGGAUCAUUUAUUAAAAUCGUCUUCUUUACAUAUUAAUGAAAAUAGUAUAAGUACAUAUAAAGAUAUAAUAAAUAAAUUAGUAUGGGAAGAUUUAUAUUUUUUACAAUUAUGUUUUGAGGAGUGUUUAAAAAAUAGAUCAUAUAUAAUGCAUGUAUUAAUAUGUAGACAAUAUGAUUCAAAAUUACAUGUGCGUUGUUAUUUGUUGAAGAUAUUUUAUGAAUUAAUUGAGAAUAAUUUUAUCCCCUUGAAUUAUUAUAAUAAUAUAUGUGUAAUAUGUAGUGAGCGAAUAAAUGAUAAAUCUCCUUUAGUAAGACAGAGGGCAUUUGCUUUAUUAUCCUGUAUAGCAAAUGAUGUUGUAAAAACGAAAUAUAUGAUACCUUUGGACACGAAGAGAAUAAAGAAGGAUUUGUAUUAUUUGGAUAGAAGAAAGAAUUUGUUAUAUAAAAAUGAUACCUCAAGAGCUGAUAUAAAUGGAACUGUUCAUGGUGAUAUAUUACCUAUGAAAAGAAUAAAAAAUGUAAAAGGCAAAAAGAAAAUUAAUUUAUCUGAUAGUAGUACCGAUAGUGAAGAUAUGGAUGAGAUUAUUGAAAAGGACAAAAAUUAUAAUAAUAGACAUAAUAAUGGACAUAAUAAUAUACAUAAUAAUGGACAUAAUAAUAUACAUAAUAAUAUACAUAAUAAUAGACAUAAUAACAUUUUAGAUCGUGUAAAUAUUAGGUCUGAUUUAACUAACAAGUGUGAUAUUAUUGCAGGUGAAAGUUCAGAUUUCCAUUUGAAAGAUAAUAUACAAAAUGAGGAAGAUAGAAAUAAGUAUUCUAACCAAUUAGAUCUUCUUAUAAGGAUGUACAACGAAGUGUUGUUUAUAUCCUUGAUAGUUGAUGAAUGUGUAGAUUUAUGUUUCAAAUUAUUAUAUUCAACUAUAGAGACUGAUCAGAAGAGUGCUAUAAAAUUUAUUAUUUUAGCACACAUAUGUGGUAAUAAUAAAGCAGGAGAAGACAUGAAUAAGGUAUGGUCUUUAAUAUUUAGUAAUAAUAAUAUAAUAGUGGAAAUAAUAAUAAAUGAAUUUGUGAAUGUUAAUAUUUCAAGUGAGGAUUACCGAAUCAGUGCAUUUAGAUUAAUCAAUGUAACUACAAAUAGUAAAUUAAAAGAUAUAUCGUGUAUAGAAAAGAUUAUUGAAUGUUUGUUGCUCCAAGAAAAGGCUAGCACGUUGAGUGUAGGUAAAUUAUUAGAUGAAUUAUUUAAUAUAUUAUUUGUUGAUAAAUUCAGUGAUAAUAAGAAUAUGAUAAUAAAAGAGGGCGCUUUAAUCCUUAUGAAAAUAUUAUGUUAUUCUAUAUACACGGUAAAUAUCAAGAAAGGGAAAAAGGAUCAACAUUUUCUGUUUACUAAUAAGAAAAAACAUUUGAUAUUGUUAUUUAUAAAUGAGUACAAGGACAAUUUGCAUUUUAUAAAUUUGUUGAUAUUGAUAUUGAAGUAUAACAAGACGAAUAAAAUAAUACAGAGUUUGUUGAUCAUAUUGUUUAAUUUGAUAUUUGACAAGAUGGUUGAUAAUGAUGUGUUGGACGAUGGUAUGAUGUGUAAGGGAGGAGAGAGCAAAUUUGUUAAUGGAGAGGAUAAUAUAAACAAUAAUAAUAAUAAUGAUAAUAAUAAUGAUAGUGACAACAAUUCGUUUUAUAACAAUUCUAAAGGAGAAUUCAAGGAACAUUGUUUAUAUGAAGAUAAGAACACGUGGUUUAAAUGUUGCCAAUCUAUUGUUGAAAGUAUGUAUGUACACUUUGACGAUUUUCUUCUUAUAUUUACGACAAAGAUAAGGAAUAUGUUACAUUUUGUGCUGAACAAUAAUAUGUGUAAACCUUAUCUUGUGAAUAAAGAAAUAAGCGGAGAUAAUAAUAACAAAAUUUCAUGUUUGACAUUAACAAAGUUUAUUUUUUUAUGUGGGCAUUUAGGUUUGUAUACGUAUAUCUAUGCUGAAAAGAUCCAGAACAAAUUAAAAAAAAUCGUUUCUAAGAACGAUAGUAAUUAUGGUAUGUGUACGAAGGAAGAAAAGGAUCGAGAAUACUUUGAUUAUGUUGUUGAACAUAUGAUUGUGUGUAAUAAUUUAUUAGGAAAAAAAGUUAUGCCUUUAAUAUUUUUUAUAAUAAAUAAUCCUAAGGAAUUUUUUAAUGAGUGUAUAAUAAAUGAUGAUAAAAAAGUAAGAUAUUGUUUUAAUAAAGAACAAGUAGGUUAUAAGGAGGAUGAUACAUUGUAUAUGAAUUAUGAGGUAUAUUUAUUGAUACUUGUAUGUUUAUUAACUUUAUGUAAAUUCGCUAUUAUAUCUCAAACGUUUUGUCAAAAGAUUAUGUCUAAUAAUUCGUCCAUAAUUAAGUUGAUCGUUUCUAUAAUAACCGAGGAAGAAAAUCAGUUAUUUUUGAGAAGUGGGAAGGUCGCGAAUGGUUCGACAGAUUUAUCUGGAGAUAUGAGUAUGAAUAUAUUAAGUUUGUGUGACAGUGGUAUGAACAUUGAGGAUACGAGUAGGAAUAAAAACAACAACAAUAAUAAUAAUAACAACAAUAAUAAUAAUAACAACAAUAAUAAUAACAAUAAUAAUAAUAAUAAUUAUUAUAGUGGAAAUGUAAAAAGUGAGCAUAUGAAUGAGGUAGAUAUGAAGGGGGGUGAGAAAAUAGGCGAAAAAAUAUACGACAAGAUGUAUAAUAAUAAUAAUGUGACAUAUUUAAAUAAUAAGGAAACGAAUCGAGAUAGCAAGACAUUCCAAUAUGAUGUUUUCAAAAGUUGCAUAAUGUACAAAACUAUAUCUAACAUAAGAAAAAUGUUACUUAUAAGUUAUGCAGAUUUAUUAUAUCGUCAUCCUAAUUUACUAGAACCAUACAAUAAAUAUAUUUUUAAAGUAUUAAAUGAUGAAGAUAUAAAUAUGCGGAGGACGGCGGUAUCUGUGUUUACACAUUUAUUUAUGACAGAUACGGUAAAGGCAAAGAGUAUAUUGCUUGUACAUAUGAUGUAUUUAACAAUAGAUAGUGAUGAGAAAAUAUCUAGUGGAUCAAAGUCUUUUUUUUAUGAAUUGGAUAAGAAAUCUCCAAUAACACUUGUUAAUAAUAUAUGUGAUAUGAUAUCUGUAUUAGUUCGUAACGAUAGAAAGUUAGAAUAUGAAAUGAAUAAGAAAAUUUUAUUAUUCUUAUUAACUUUUUUAAAGAAAAGUAAAUAUAACGAAACACUUGUUGAAAAGGUUUUUAAAAAAAUGAAAGAAGUAAAUAUUAAUAGAACAGAUGAUUUACAUUUAUAUAUGCAAGUGUUUUUAAAUAUACACAUUGACGAAAAAAUAUUAGCAAAAAUAAAUAAAUGCUUUCCCCUAAUAAGAUAUAUUAUUAGAGAAAAUGAAUAUGUACAUGAUAAUUUUAUACUUAUAUGUAAGAAAGCUGCUGAGAAAAAAAGAGGCAGACCAACAGAAGAUGGACAACAGCAAAAUAAUACAAAUAUUAGUAAUAGUAAUAAUAAUAACAAUAAUAAUGAUCAUAAUAAUAAUAAUGAUAAAAUGGAGACUGAGAAAAAUGAUAAUAAAAUGAGAGAACUAGCUGAGGACAUACUAGGGAAAAUUGAAUCGACAACAAAUAAGACAAGGCACAUGUUCAGCUUUGAAAGCGAGAUCAAAUCGUUUAGUAAGGAGGAGACUAAAAGUAAAAAUGAAGAGAGGAAGUAA